UCCACGCAAGACGAGCCGUUACCAAGAAUACCAGACAAAAGCAAACCGUGUCCGUAUUUCUGCGCAAUCUUCCAACACUUGACAUCACUUCUCUUUACUCACCUGGUUUACUGAUUUUACAGCACAACCCACUUCAAUCUCCAUGUUCCCGAUGAUUACGAAGCUCAAAAGUUGAACCCUUUAAGCUUCUUAAAGUAACAAAACGAAGGAUGUCAGUGUCGUUUUCCCUUCACUCAACACCCUUCAAGCCUUCGGAUUUCAAACCCUUCUCGCAUAAGCCCUCUUCUCGUAGCUUCCAGUUUGUAUCAAACAAUGUUCAUACAGUGACUGGUGGCCGUUUUGUGCUCUAUGGAGGAGCAGCCAAUAUUUGCCAGAGAUUUUGUGGCUUGAAACUAUGGUUAAUUGAGAGACUCAACCUUAAGCAUGGCUAUAGAAAGCAUAGACUAGUAGAUGACUUCAAGAUUAUAAAGAAUCAAGAUAAAGAUCGGUUAGGUAGCCAUUUUGAAACAAGUAUAUCCAGUGCAGGACUAGAUUCUGAUGGUGUUUCUGUAAUAUCCAUGCCUAAUGAUUCUGUUGAGAAAUCGAGAAGAGCAACUUCACAAAUACAAUCACAGUCCUGGAACUUUCCUUUUGAGGGUGGUAGAGCACCUUCACUUUGCAUUGCCGUUAUAGGAGCUACUGGUGAGCUUGCUAGAGGGAAGAUUUUCCCAGCAUUGUUUGCUCUGUAUUAUAGUGGCUUUCUUCCUGAGAAUGUGGGAAUCAUUGGUUAUUCAAGAAAGAACUUGACAGAUGAAGACCUGCGAUCCAUUAUAGCUUCAACUUUGACUUGUCGCAUUGAUCAUCAAGAAGACUGUGGGGACAAAAUGGAUGCCUUUCUCAGUAGAACAUACUAUCUCAAUGGAGGCUAUGACAACAGAGAAGGGAUGUCAAAGCUUAAUGCUUUGAUGGAGCAUAUGGAGGGGGGAUCUCAAGCAAACAGGAUAUUUUACCUAUCUGUACCACAAGAAGCACUUCUAGAUGUUGCAACUUCUCUGGCUGAUAAUGCACAAACCCAGAAGGGCUGGAAUCGCAUAAUAAUCGAGAAACCUUUUGGGUUUGAUGCAGUGUCAUCUCAGCGACUGGCGAACGCUCUUCUUUCUAAGUUCGAGGAGAAGCAAUUAUACAGGAUAGAUCAUCUUUUAGGAAGGAAUCUCAUCGAGAACCUCACAGUAUUAAGGUUUUCUAAUCUAAUUUUUGAGCCAUUAUGGAACCGAACAUACAUACGCAAUGUACAGGUCAUUCUGUCGGAAGACUUGUGUGUGCAAACAGGAAGGUAUUUUGAUGGUUAUGGGAUCAUUGGAGACAUAGUACACAGCCAUGUACUCCAAACAAUAGCAUUGCUGGCCAUGGAGCCACCUAUAAGUCUAGAUGGUGAAGAUAUUCGUAACGAAAAGGUCAAGGUUUUGAGAUCAAUCCGCAAAUUGGAUCCUAGCAAUGUCAUUCUUGGCCAAUAUAAAGCUACUUCCGGAGACAAGAUUGAUGUAAAGCUGAACAGUCUGACCCCUACUUAUUUUGCCGCGGCAUUACACAUCGACAAUGGUCGCUGGGAUGGUGUGCCUUUCUUGAUCAAAGCCGGCAUGGGACUCAUCAAACACAGGAUGGAGAUACGUAUACAGUUUCAUAAUGUUCCAGGAAACCUUUACCUUGAGCGUAUUGGACAUAAUGUCAACCUCGCCACCAAUGAACUGAUUUUACGAGAUGUGCCUGAUGAGGCCAUCUUAGUCAAAGUUAACAAUAAGGUUCCAGGAUUAGGCCUGCAGUUGGAUGCUUCAGAGCUUAAUUUGCUCUACAAGGACAAGUAUAAUGUCGAGGUGCCUGAUUCAUACGAACACCUUCUUCUUGACGUUAUCGAUGGAGACAACCAUCUCUUCAUGAGAAGCGACGAGCUGACCGCAGCCUGGAAUAUUUUAACCCCAGUUUUACAAGAGAUAGACAAGAACAAUAUAGCACCGGAGCUCUAUGAGCUUGGAGGUAGAGGUCCCGUUGGAGCGUAUUAUCUUUGGGCGAAACACGGUGUCCAAUGGACUGAAGACUAGCAACACUUCCAAGGUCCUGUUUUCGACAACAAAAAAACCUGUUAUAAGGUAAGUCUCGAUAUCAUUCCACUUCCAGGACUAAAAUAAAUGGUAGCUUUGUACUUGUAAAUCAUCUUGAAUUUAGUUCCUCAUUCAGUGUUUGCUGGGUUCGAUCGACUCUCGACCAUAAGUUUUAGGAUUUGGCAUAUAGAAAUAGCUAAUAAUCUUGGGGUGUUGUUUUAAGUACACAUUUGCUUGAACAUUUGCUAUCUCUUAUAAGUUUUAGGGACACAUUUGCUUGAAUUUGUAACCACAUUGAAAAAGCUAAGAUAAAGUCUUUUAAUCUAUAAAGAUUAUUG